AUAAUUUUUCUAAUGAUUUCCAAUUACAAAUAAUGUUUAAUAAUAUUCAAAAUAAAAAACCUCUAAUUAAUCUUAAUAAAGUAAUAGCAUCAUGUACAAUGAUAUCAGACUCGAGAUUUCAGGUUAAGACCUCAAAUUUUCAUGCCAAGCUUAUAGAUGCAUUUAAAUCAAUUCAAUCGAAACAAUAUGAUCCCAAAACGAAAUGCUGGACAUUUUUAUUUGCUGAUUAUAAAAGUUUACUGACAAAGAUGAAUCUUCUACGACCGGACAUAUCAGUGGAAAGUCUACCUUUUAACAUUAUUUCUUUAUUAGAACAAAAACCUGAAGAAACCAUUCCAGUAGAUCCUACGAAAAUUGAAAAAGAUUUAUGGGAGAAGUUAUAUCCAUUCCAAAAGGAAGGUGUAAGGUUUGGAGUACAAAAAAAUGGUAGAUGUAUGAUUGCUGAUGAAAUGGGUUUAGGCAAAACUAUUCAGGCGUUAACUCUUGCCAGCUAUUAUCAAGAUGAUUGGCCUUUGUUAAUUGCAACUACAGCAUCAGUAAGGAAUACAUGGUACCAAAAAUGCUUAGAGUUUUUGCCUUCCGUUUCAAUUCACAACAUUGUUUGUAUGUCUUCAGGAAAAGAUUACAUAUAUGAUGCAAAAAUAUUGAUUGUUACACAUAGUUUGUUGGAAAAAUGCAUGGAUAGUUUGAAGAAUCGGUUUGGAGUUAUUAUUUAUGAUGAAUCACAUACACUGAAAAAUUUUAAAGCAAAAUGUACAAAUGCAGCACUUGUUUUAGCGAAAUCAGCAAAACGUGUAAUUUUAUUAACUGGAACUCCAGCUCUUUCAAGACCAAGUGAACUUUUCACACAAUUAUGUAUGUUGGAUGACAAAUUUUUUGUCAACUUUAAAGAAUAUAGUAAAAGAUACUGUGAUGGCAAGGAAACAAAUUUUGGUUGGAACAGUUCAGGAUGUUCAAAUUUACCUGAAUUAAAUAUGAUAUUGAAUAAAAAAUUUAUGAUCAGAAGAACAAAAGAACAAGUUUUGCCUGAGCUAAAUGAAAUUAAUAGAGAAGUUAUAAAAUUGGAUUCAAAAUAUAUUAUUACUAAUGAAACAGUUGAACAGGAUUUAAAUUUAUUAGCUAAACAAUUUUCAAAGCAAAAACGUGAUAAUGAACAUGCCGCUUUACUUACAUAUUUUGCAGAUACUGCAAAAUAUAAAUACAAAGCUGUUUGUGCUUAUAUAAAAGAAUUGAUUGAAGAGAAGAAAGAUGAAAAAAUAUUAGUAUUUGCACAUCAUAAAAUAAUGAUAGAAUCUUUAUGUGAUUUAUUAAAUGAUUGUAAAAUUCAUCAUAUUAAAAUUGAUGGAAACAUAAAGCCUGAAAUACGUACUAAAUUAGUGGAGAAUUUCCAAACUAAGCAAUCAUGCAGAGCAGCAGUUUUAUCAAUAACGUCAGCAAAUGCAGGAAUAACAUUAACUGCAGCUCAGCUAGUAAUAUUUGCAGAGUUGCAUUGGACGCCUAGUAUUAUGGCUCAGGCUGAAGCCAGAGCCCAUCGUAUAGGCCAGGUUGGCGAAGUUCGAGUCCAAUAUUUAAUUGCACAAGGUACAGCAGAUGAUAUAAUUUGGCCUAUGCUACAAAAUAAACAGGGAGUUUUAAAGAAAAUUGGUUUAUGCAAUGACGAUUAUGGUGAUGCUAAUACUAAAGAGGUUUUAAACAAGUUUGUUGAGAAACAAAAGGAGAGCUUUAAAAGUUAUUUUCCUCCUACUAAGAGAGUAAAUUCUGAAAUGGAAACUUCUGCAGCAAAAAAAGCUAAAAUUGAAGAAAAUGUUGAACAGGUAAAACAUGAAACGAUAACAUCUCAUGAAUUAUUAAUGGCUGAUGAUGAGGAUGAGAUGUUUAUGAAUGUAAACUUAGAUUUUUGAUACUAUAAUAAUUUAAUUUAUUGUUAAUGUGGAUAAGAA